UACUCUUCUCCUUCCUAUCUCACUUCCCUCCCCUUCCCCCACACACACACCACAACACAACAAAACUCAACAAACAUCCAUAACCACCAUGGCAAACAAAUUCUACUUAUUCCUUUGAGUAACCAGUAACCACCACUGCUUCUCUUUUCUUCUUUAUUUUAUUUAUCACUUCAUUUUCAGACAAAUUCUCUUCUUUUUCUUUCGUAUUUAAUUCAACACGCACAAAAACUCUCUCUCAGUCUUUCACUAUGGCGUCAUCCGAGAAUUUGAUUGAGCCAUGGGCCUUUCGCCCUGCUCUCGACACGUGGUUCGCCGAUUACAUAGCUCGCGACGCCGAAACCCUAACCAAGGCGCUUCAGAAAUCCAUCUCCGGCGACGACGUCCUCUCUCCCUUCAUCGCAUCUCCCAAGCCCGACGCUACCACUGCCGCUGCCUCCACGCCGACAGUCUCCGGCAUCUCCGCCGGCUCCGAUCAGGAAUCUGCUCCCAAGCGCCGCGGAUCGACGCUUCCACCGGCAACGGGGAGGGUUACUAAACGGAAGUCACGCGCGUCGAAGCGAUCUCAGACGACGUUCAUCACGGCAGACCCGGCGAACUUCCGGCAGAUGGUGCAGCAGGUCACCGGCGUGAGGUUCGGCGGCGGAGCGGCGGCCGAUAUUGCAAUGGCGCCGGUGCUGAAGCCGGAGCCUCAGAGACUUGUUUCCGGCGGCGGAGGGAGGUUUCCGGCCGGGGCAGCGUGCUUGCUGCCGACGCUGGACACGUCAGCGUUUUUGCUGGACCAUCACCAGCAGCAAGUUGUGGGCCCGAACUCGGGUUCUACUGGGCCCGGUGUUUCUGUCCCAGGCCCACUGCCUUUCUCCCAGCCCAUGGGAUUGGUGGAUGCUUCUCCUUCUCUUAGUUCUGCAGAUUUUGACACCUUCUCGAGUUUCCCCACUCUGGAGUCCUGGAAAGUUAUGUGAGAAUUGAGAUCAGACACUCCCCAAUUUUCCUUUCCUUUCUCCUUUUUUUUGUUUUCCCUUUUUUGCCCCUCUUGUGGGUUCAGGAUAUGAAGGCGUAGCCAGGAUCUGUUUGUAAAUCUGGGGAAGGGGAUAGAUAUGGAUAAUGGAUGACUGUAUUUUCCUUUUUAAAAAGAAAAUCUUUUUUUUUUUAUGUAUUUUCUGUCACAUAGUUUCUUUUAUUGUUGUUAAUGAGGGUGUAUUGGAGAUUUGGAUGGUGAAAACUGGAAAAUAGCUUUGUUUAUUUAGCAUAGUUAACCUAAUCAAUGCAAUUACAUGUUUAUGUAUUAAGUAUUAACAAUGUGGUGCCUUAUUUAUGGCGAAAA